UUUGAAAAACGGCAAUGCAAUGCACUGAAAAAUGGGUAGAUUUUGCAUAUCGUUUUGACAGAUGUUUUCUCGGAAUGUUUUCGCGCGAAUAAUACGACAUUCAAGCAGUUCAAGCAAAAUUUUUUUUGUCAAUCGUUAAAGCAAGGCUGGCUACCUUUCUGGAAACUUUGAUGAUGCUUAUUCAAGUACAAGCUUAACGGUUUUAAUGGCAGAUGCGACAAAUUUUAAAGAAUUCACCAUUACUGGUGUAAAAGUGAAGUUUCCCUUCAAACCCUAUCCAAGUCAGAUGUCAAUGAUGUCAAUGAUCAUAAAAUGUAUCGAAAAACGACAAAAUUCUCUACUUGAGAGUCCCACAGGCUCGGGAAAGAGCCUGGCAUUGCUUUGUUCCAGUUUAGCUUGGCAACAAAAUGAGAAAGAGCGUGUUCAGAAAAAAGAAAGGGAACUGGAGCAAUCUUUUCGCAAUCUUGAGAAAUUAGAGAAGAUGAACAAAAAUGAAAAUGAAAUAAAGACUGAACCCCAGAUUGAUGUGAAAUAUGAAACAUGCGAGCAGAAACCUGAUGCAAAGUUCCUCAUUAACUCUGCUAUAAAGACUGAAAUUAAAGCAGAAUUUAACGAGGCGGGUUUUCAACUUACCAUAAAAGCUGAAAGGGAUACAGAAGCUAAACCAUCAGUAAAAAAGGAAGCGAGUACAGGAAAUAUAGAGAAAUUGAAUGAGAGGAAGAAAAAAAAGAAUAGCCAUAAUGGAUGUGAUAGUGAAGAUGAAAUGGAUUUUCAAGUACCACGAAAGCGAUUUCGGACUCCUCAAGAACAGAUGCCUAGGGCCAAGAAAUCCCGUCAUAAUGUUAAUGAUGGUUUACUAGAUUCUUUGCCAGAUGCACAAUGUCUUUUGCUGAUGACAGUCAUUGGUUUGAAAAUGAUGACUUGGAGAUGUGAAGAGAAUGUCCCGAAAAUCUACUUUGGCACACGAACACAUAAACAGAUCACACAAAUUAUACGGGAACUCAAUCGGACUGAGUAUAGAAACAAAAACAUGUGUAUCUUAGCAAGUCGAGAGCACACUUGUAUUCAUCCGCAUGUUUCACAAGCGAAAAACAAAACAGAAGAAUGUAGAAAGUCCAUUGAAAAUCGUGAGUGUGUAACAUACACCUGUCAGAUUAAAGCCUACAAGAUGUUUAUGGUUUGUCGUCACGUUCCUGGGCUAUGUGUUUCAGGGAAAAUCUUGCAAAUUUUACUCAAGAGCUCAAUACGUGAAAAAUCAACAGGAUCUAGAAGAUUAUGGCAUAAAAAAGCUUGGACAAUUUCAGAACUUGUGGAGAUUGGGGAAAUGGUUAGGGGAUGUCCGUACUACAUGACACGUGAAAUCAAGAAGAAUGCUGAUAUUAUUUUUUGUCCUUAUAAUUAUCUCAUCGAUCCGAUUAUCAGAAAUCAGAUGGACAUAGAUCUUACUGGUGAAGUGUUAAUACUUGAUGAAGCUCAUAAUAUAGAAGAUUCGUGUCGUGAUGCUGCAAGCUGGUCGGUCAAUACCCACCAACUUGACGAAGCACUAUCUGAUAUUGAUUUUAUGGUGAGUAAGAACAUCCACCGAGAACAACAUGAAAUAUUUCAUUAUAUGUGUGCGACAGUACGGAAGUGGAUCGUGGAAAACUCGAACGUUAUGUCGGGUUCGUCAAAAAAGAACGAUUUUAAUAAAAGUUUCGAGAAAAGAUAUGGGAAGGAAACGAGGCAUUUUGGCAAGGUGAUGAAGCCCGUCGAAUCAUCAGUAAAAAUAGACAGGAGGGAGAGGACGGUAAUGAAUGCUGCCACGAGUAGUUUACUUGAAGGAUUGUUCACGGUUUCAUCAUUCAUAACUGAAAAGAAUUUCAAGUUUCUUCAUGAUUACAGGAUGGGUAUCACAGAGGAAAAUGUUAUGGUAUCUACGGCUACCAUAAUGCCCAACGGAUAUAUUAUAAGAGGAGAUCCUAAAAGAGAAGAGCUCUAUGUUCUUAAUUUUUGGUGUCUUAGUCCUGCUGUGGUGUUUUCUGAGAUCAAUGAACAAUGUCGGAGUGUUAUUCUCACGUCAGGAACUCUCUCACCAAUGGCGACAUUUUCGUCAGAACUUGGUUGUCAGUUCCCAAUACAACUGGAAGCUAAUCACGUCAUAAGCCGUUCACAGGUAAUGGUUGGCAGUCUUUCUACAGGUCCAUCAGGAACAACUCUCAAUGGUUCUUAUCGUUUUUCCGAGAAACUACAGUUUCAAGACGAACUGGGGGAAACAAUUCUCAGAGUCUGUGAGGCUGUUCCACAUGGCGUUCUUUGCUUUCUAUCUUCGUACGGCAUGUUGGAUAAACUCACUAAACGAUGGAAGUGUACCAAUCUUUGGACAAGAUUGAAAAGAGUGAAGAACACUUUCUGCGAGCCAAGAUGUGGAGAUAAAUCAGAUUUUAACGGUGUAAUCAGCGACUAUUACGAAUGCAUAAGAGUUUCUGGAGACUCUGAUGAUUCAGACUGCGAGUAUGCGCCUUCUGGUGCUAUUUUCUUUGCUGUUUGUCGUGGAAAAGUCAGUGAAGGAUUGGAUUUUGCGGACAACAAUGCGCGUGCAGUUAUUACAGUGGGAAUUCCGUUUCCCAGUUUGAAAGACAUUCAAGUGGAACUGAAAAGAAAGUACAACGAUAAGAAUCAUACCUUGAAAGGACUCUUGAAUGGUCGUGAUUGGUACGAAAUUCAAGCUUAUAGAGCGCUUAAUCAGGCAUUAGGACGUUGUAUCAGGCACAGAAAUGACUGGGGUGUGAUUUUGUUAAUUGAUGAAAGAUUUGGUAUGUCUUCCAAGUACAAAAAUGGAUUGUCUAAAUGGUUACGUAACAAACUCUCUCAUCACAACUCGUUCGGUGAUUUUUUAUCAUCAGUAAAGGAGUUCACUGUGACACGCGUGAAUAAUUCAUGUCCUCAGAAUUCUGUACUUCAAACACCGUCUCGUACCUCUGAUGUCUCAAGUCAGGAUUCUUCGCUAACAGUCUGUGCAACCUCCCAGUUAACUCCAUCGAGAAACGUCGAGAAAAACAUCAAUGCGAAUGUGUCAUCUUCCAUUUCCUUGUCUGAUCCCACGUUAAAUAGCCCGCAAAACACUGUGCAUAAUUCAGUGUUUCAAGGCAUGCAUACAGUGAACAACCUGCAACCUGUCAAUGAUCUGCAACAACCCAAUAACAUGCAACAAGUCAAUAACCUGCAGCAGGUCAAUAACCAACCGCAAGUUGGAAAACUGAAACAAAUCAGCAACAUGCAGAAGGUCAAUAACCUACCACAAGUUGGAAAAGUGCAACAAAUCAGCAACAUGCAGCAGGUCAAUAACCUACCACAAGUUGGAAAACUGCAACAAAUCAGCAACAUGCAGCAGGUCAAUAACCUACCACAAGUUGGAAAACUGCAACAAAUCAGCAACAUGCAGCAGGUCAAUAACCUACCACAAGUUGGAAAACUGCAACAAAUCAGCAACAUGCAGCAGGUCAAUAACCUACCGCAAGUUGGAAAACUGCAACAAAUCAGCAACAUGCAGCAUGUCAGCCAUUUGCAACGCAGGGGCAAUCCGAUAGUUUUCAAUAACGCAGCAAAUGUUACCAAUCCUCUGCGAAGUGCAAACCAUCAACAACUGGGUAACCUUAUGCAGCCAAGGUUUCCAUGUGGUAACGGACCAGUGUUAGUUAGAUUUGUCAAUGCAAAAGGGGAACCCGUUCGAUAUGCACUUUUACCUGGACAGCGUCCUCCGUUGAUGACCUCGCCAAACACCAAAAAUCAUAUGGCAAUGACUAGUAAUGAAUUAGGGACCUCUGAGAGCACAGGAGUAAUGAGUUCUGGGAUUGCCAUGGACGUUCAAGUAUCAAAUGCUCCGAUAACUAUGGUAAAAAUCAAACAAGAACCUCAAAGUCCCCCUGAUGAAGUGAAGGGUAUGUGUUUGGAGGAUCAAACAUCGUUGAGGAAUGAAGGCAGCGGCGAUAAUCCUCAGAAAACAGUUAUUGGUCAACAUGAAUUGUGUUCAGAUGGUAUCAUUACUGACAUGCGCACUAAGGCCGGCUCAACGUCAUCAGAGAACGUGAAUGCUAACAAGAGUACAUCACACAGCACACAGGGAUCUUUUUUCUCUCAAAGACCUAAUGCAUCUAACAAUGCAUACGGCUCGACUCAGUCGAUCGGAUUGCCAAGAAAAGCACUGUUUUCUUCAGAGAAUUUGAAAUCCAGUGUAGUAAAAGAACCUGACGAUUGUAAGGAAUCGCCAUCAAAGAAGUCUCGAACUAACAUUCCUCCACCUUUAGAUCUAAAUAAAUGUUUAGGAAUAUCACAAUCCUGUGAGACUGUGUCGAAUGAUGAUGACACCUCUGACUCACCUAUCCUCUUUUAUACCCCACCAUCAAUGAACGCUGAUGAAACUUGUGGGGAUAGUGAGGAAUGUUUAGAAACAGAGAAUUAUAAUACGGGAACACCGAAAAAAGGGAACAAAACAAAUAAGAAUUUCGCGUAUGACGAAAGGAAUAUAGAUAAUUGUGGAUUGAAGACUGCGUGUACGACAGUCACGUGCACUCGUUGUGAUACAGCUUUGUAUUCAGCUAAAACAGGAGAUAAUGCUUCAAUUACAACUGAAGAGAUCUCAACCGAUGACAUUCUCGGAGUUAUUAUACACAGAUUAUUUUUCAUUGCGUGGAAGAAGAAGAAGAAACCACCAACAGUAAAAGUUUUUAAAGCGGUUCGCAGUGAUUCAACAGUUCUAGAUAAAUGCUGUCCGGCUUUUUCAGACAUGAAUGAAUCACAUACCGAAGCAGACGCAAGGGUGAACAGUAUUUACCGCGAGGAACAGUCGUGUUGUUACAUUCCACUUUUAUGCAAAUCGUGUGAACAGGGCAUGCAAUCUUGUAAACGCAAGUCUAGACUUCAUGUUGUUGCUGUAUCCAGUGUUCCUUGUGGGGAGAUUAGGGACUGUCCACAAUCGAUUUGGUUUAAUCCCGAAAAUGUAAAGCUCGUCGAAGAAUACGGAAAUAUGAUAAGGAAACCACUACGACCUAAGUGAUGCUGAAACUUUGUAAAAUGCGCAGGCGUGAAGGCGUGAACAAAAAUAUACAAGUUGCUGACGAAUAACUAAAGAUAAUGUGUAUUAAUGUUUCCAAGUUAUCGAGCAGAUUUUCGCCGCUAAUUUUGUUGUGGUAAAUGGGCCAGCCGGUUUUCAUCCUAGCAGAUUUGAAGAGAGUGCUGUUGGUUGUAACAAGGAGGCAAGAGAGGUGUUGAAAGCUUCGAAAGUAUUAACGAUUAUAUAAAAUACACAUGACUAUUAUAAAUAUUAUGCAAUUUGUUUUGGUCAUCUCAUUUUUUAAUGAUGUAUUUUGUUCUCGGUAGUAACGUUAUGAUCGCAUGGUUCAAAUAAUCUUCUUGUGUAAGCGGAUUUUCAGUCAUCAUCAGUGCUAUUAUCAAUGAAUAGUUGAAAUUGCGGAAAA